CAGGAUGUGCUCGCUUCAAGGAAGCGCUCUUCGGCGGGCAGCGCCGCCCGCCCGCUCGCUGCCGCUGAGGGGAGAGGGCAGAGCCGCCAAGGGGCUGAGGGAGGGCACGGCGGGGGACAGGAGGCUCCCGAGCCGGAUCCGGGUGGCCGCCGCCUGCUGUUGCUGCCCGGCCGGCCGGGGAGAGGCGAGCCCUGGGCCGCCCGCACCUGAGGCGGGCAGGGCAGGGCCGAGGCUCCGCAGCCGGCGUCCGCCUCUCGCCGCCUCCCUCCCACCCUCCUUCCUCCCGCUGCAGCCUCCAAGGACGCAGGGUUCAGACACAGGAGCACCUCGUGUUUUCAGUGGCAUCCCCAAGGGAUGCCACCCCUGCAAGCCUCGCCUGUCUCGUGUCUUCAAACCAUCACAGCUAAGGACAACGCACCUUUCCCAGGGCUGCAAGAUAUGGUCCACCACCCUCAUGAUCCAACAGCUACACUUUCCUGCAGAUAGAUAUUUGCAUGCUGUGUUUGAAGAACACAAAGAUCAUUCCGUCUUGUACAUCUGUGACACAUUUACCCAGGAUGCAGGAAGACCACUUUGUUUUCUUCUUGGCCUGAGUAGAGUGUUUGACCGACUUCCCAUGAAAGUUUCCUAACGAUGAACCUCAAGGAUACAUUGGACAGCAUUCCUUCUGCUUAUUUCCUGCUGAAACGGUAAACUUAUGUAGGAAAAAAAAAGUUUAAUUUGUGAAAAUGAGAAGAAAACCAGAAGGGGGUCAUAUGUUCAGGUCCAUGAGAGGUAAAUGCUUCCAUGUGUUCCAGGAACACACAUAAUAUACCAAAGCUGAAUCUCUGUAUUAGGUGAAAGCCCUAAACACCAGACUUCCUAGUUCUGUUCGGUUUUCUGAAACAGUAAAUCUUUAUGUGUGUGUGUGUUUUUGUUGUUGUUGUUGUUUUUUCCUUCAAGACUAAAGAAGAGAAGCAUCUGGUCAUUUGAUCCCAGCUGAGGUAGGUUUGUAGACCAGCAUGAAGCAGAUCUGAAUUAGGCUGAAUACAUCUGCACAGGUCUGAAUUUAGCAGCAGAUCUGAAUUUAGGCUGAAUACAUCUGCACGGGGGGAGAGGCAGAACUUUGGGCUGCUGUGAUUGUGGAUUCACCCUUUGAAGCAUGGCUAAGCAAACAGGAAGUUUAAAGUUUCCACCCAAGAUGCUGCUCUGAAAGAGCUGAAGUUCCCGCACAGUUAGCCAACAGUUGAGCAGUAACAAUUUGGAUUAUGACUUAGAAGGUGGGUACCUAUGCUGUGCUUAAAUUGCAUUAGAAGUGUCUAUGCUUUCCCCCUGGGUAAUCAUAUUAAUCAAUUUCUAGUGCUAUUAUAUAAAAAAAAAAGUUGAACUCUUUAUUUGUGAUUUGUUUCGUGUGCAUCUAUUUAGUACCUCAUUAAGGACCUGAUACUGUUUUGUAGUCCUUUGAUUUAACUGAGCUCUGGGUAAAGUACUACAUUCUUGUCCAAUGACACUGUAUCUCCAGACACUCUCUAUACAUGGUCCCAGACAUUCCGUAAACAAAAUUUAUUAGAAUUUAUUAUUUAUUAUGUCAUGUUUGCCUGUUUAAUAUUCUGUAAAAAUGCAUGACAGCAACUUUACUCAGUGGUUAUCUUCAUAGACAAGAGGCUUUCUGUUACCACUCAUCAUGAGUAAAGAGUCAUGAAAGAGCUGAGCGACUGUUACAGAUCCUGCCUGCUGCCUCUGUAUUUUUGCCCUUUCGGAUUUCAUGAUUAAUCCUCCCUCCCCUUCACUCCCAUAAAUACAUCUGCAAAUGACUUACCAGUGAUUGUGUGAGCAUUUCAAGCUUUUCCUUUUGUUUGGAAGCUGCCGUUGCUAUGCCACCAUCAUUUGUAUUGCGUUUUAUUUAGGUGGAUGUUAGGAGAUGAUUAGAUAGUUUAAUAGGCUCAUCCCAUUAUGCACAAUGUUCUGGUGGUGCGUGACCUCAUUUCAGUGACCUGGCAAUCGCUGUUCAAAAGAGAAAUGUUGGCUUCUACUUGGAAGUUGGACAGAAACACUAUCCUUGAUGAAUUUGUGCACUUACGUAGUACAAAAGAUGAAGAUUACCUUUGAUUAAUUUUGUGCUUGUGGGCAGAGAACAGUUUCGUUGGUGAUUAUUAUUUACAAUUAAUGUUUAUAUUUUACAUAACGUGUGGCAUCCAGGUGCCUUCCGCCACGGGAUCCUAAAAGUCCCUAAUCUUGUAAAGAUUUAUGUCGGUGCUUAACAAACAGUCCUGCCCUGUUUAAUGUCACUACUCACAGUGACUGUUAGGAUAUAAGGUUUGCGUAUCAUUGGUGUGUCAAAAUAAAAAGCACAAGCACUAGAACUUUGGAAAGCAAUAGCAAGCAGGAAGUUUAUGAAAAUGGUGUAAACAAAUUAGUUACAGAUUUAAACAUACUUUAUGAAUAUGAGAAUAAUUGCUUAUU